AUGCAAGAAAAUAAUUGUUGUGAGCCUGGCUGCACAAGGCCAACUAUAGCGCUUUCCCGAGGAUGGCGCGGAAUGGCGCCAUCCUCGGGAAAGCCGGGAAGGCAUCCACACGGGAACUGGGAGUUCCACGUGUGGAUGCCAUUUUGACAUGUGGAAGUUUGGAUCCACAUGUCAAAAAUGGCAUCCACACGUGGAACUCCCAGUUCCCGUGUGGAUGCUUAGUUGACUUUCCCGAGGAUGGCGCCAUUCCGCGCCAUCCUCGGGAAAGCGCUAUAUAUAUCUUUGCCAAUGCACUCUCCAAAAUACUUAUAUCUGCCAAGAUCACCUAUCAAAUCAUUUAAAUAAUGCAACCUUAAGCCAUCAAAUUAAUAGUGCUGCAAAAGAGCCCAACAAGAAAGCCAAAAACGCAGUAUUAGAUUUUCUUAAAGAGGAAAAAUUAGCAAGAGAAAAAAAUAAAUCAGAGAUUAUGAAUUUUUUGAGCCAAAAUAUCUUAGUUAGUUUAUUGAAAAGCCCUCUCGAAUCCGAAGAUCCCUAUUCCCCUUCCAUAACGCUCCACUAAUCAGCUUCGCCGACAAUCGCAGCAUGACCUUCAAAGUCUUGCUACUACCAGGCAUGAGCCUGCACAUUCUCCCUUGUAGUCGGAAAGCUUGGGUCACAGUGCCGCACGCCAGCGGGGUUUGGCUUCUAGAAAUAUUGAAAGAAAAAAAUUCUCGUCACCUAUCGGACAAGAUGAAAAUCUUAGUCCAGGACGCAACGCCUGGAAUUGGGCUAGGGAACGUUCCCAAUCGAUCAGGAGGAACCUUACCAGUAUUGCUGGGGCACCAUUUCCAACGCCGAACUCUAUCUUCCUUUGAAGUAAACCUUGACCUGGAUGCGAGUCUGAGGUCCCGCCAACUCGGACAAUGCGCUCCACCAAACCAAAUAAAACCUGAUGGAUAAAUACCGAAUGCCAAAGCUCUCUUCCACAAGGUAUAUAGAUUUCCCCAGCUACAGGCGUUAGGAGGUUGGGCUGAUUUACUACGCCAUUUUUAUGUAUGAGCCAAAAUAUCAAAAAUUCUGAAGCCGAUUUAUGUCUACAUUUCCAAAAAAUUGACGAAGAGAUAGGAUUAAUUGAUAUCAUUGAAAAUAAAAUCUCUAGUGCUAAUAAUAUCUCAAUAUUUGAAGCAGAUGAAUUGAUGCAAAGCUUGCUAUUAGACUCUGAAGAAGCAUUAAAAGUUAUUAAAAAAUCAGUACCUCAAAAACAAAAGUUUGAAAAAAAUUUAAAACUAUUCUCCGAGUGGAGAUCAGAUAUAGAAGAAAUGGUGAAUUCUUUUAUUAAAAAUUAUCUUCCAGCUGCUCUUGAUGAAAAAUUACACUCUUUUGAACAGAAAAUUUAUGAAAGCUUUUUAAGCCCAAAAAUAGAAAAAUGAAAAGAAGAGAGGCCAGUUUCCAAUCCUAAUAUAGAUAAUUUUGAUGAAAUUUUUAGAAUAAUUAAUGAGAUCAACGACAAAGUAAAAAUGCAAGAAGACACUACUAAUGAUUUAAAAAGCAAGCUAAAUCUCAAAUAUCUAGAAAUAAAAGACAAAAUUACAGAUCUGUCCACUUUUCAAAGGCAAGCUCUAAACCAUUGUCAAGAUCCUGAUAUAGACACUCGAAAAAUUGACCAAGAUUUUAAAAGGUUCACCAUUUUAUAUAAUAAUGAUUGAAAAUGGCUUCUUGAUUCCAACGAUGGAAUUAAAAAUAUUUAUGAGAAUUAUAGAUCAGAAUACAGCAGAGUUAGCGAAAAUGUUAAAUAUUUUAAUUUACACUCAGAGAGAUUCCUAUAUUUAAUUGAUAGAAAAGAUAGAGAAAAUGAAAAUGCUGAAGGGGCUAAAUUGGAAAUUUUUGAUACUAAAAAUCUUUGCCCUGAUACGAAUCCAUAG